AAGAAAUUUUAGACUCUACCUUGAGACUGAGAGGGAAGGGUCAAGGGCGUAGGAGAGAGAGAGAGAGAGAGUCUCACAAGGCAAAGAUGUCGAGUGGUAGUGUUGGAGUGGGUGCGAGGGUUUUCAAGGGUUGCAGGGCUCUUCUGGCGCCAGCUGCAAAAUCUUCUUCUUCUGCUACUACUCCGACGGCGUCCAAGCCCAAGCCCAAGCCUAAUCCCGCGGCCAAACCAAAGCCGAAGCCGAAGCCGAAGCCACAGUUCUCUUCCACUCCCAAGCGAGAACCCAUUCGACCCACCGGCAUCCUGAAGCCCGCUCACGUCUCUCCUGCUCUCGGAGCCUUCCUCGGCGUCUCCGAGACCUCGCGUGCUGAUGCCGUCAAGCAGAUCUGGGCUCACAUCAAGUUCCACAACCUCCAGAAUCCUGCUGAUAAGAGGGAGAUAAAUUGCGAUGAAAAGCUCAAGGCAAUAUUUGAUGGAAAAGACACAGUCAACUUCUUGGAAAUUGGCAAGUUGCUAUCUCGUCAUUUUAGAAAGACCACAUGAGGUCUGGAAAACUACUGAUUUGGAUAUCAACUUGAUGUGUUUUCACUUGGGCACCUUUAUGAAAAUUCAAGGUCUUAAGAUUUCUCUUUUGAAUCGUUUUGGAUAUUAUUAUGUUGAUAUUAACUUUGGCAAAGAGCAAAGUUCUCGGCUCAAUUGCUGGCUGACAAGUUUUUAGCUUGACAUGUUGUAAAAAGUAGAUAGGAAAAAGGUAGCUUGUGACUUUAUGAAGUUUGCUCUAAUUCAUUUGUGCUUAUGCUCAUCCUCUUAUCGGUUGGUCUUAUGAUGAGUAGCUUGGAUGAAAUGAAAGUCAUAUCUCUCAGUAUUAUCAGGA